AUGACGAGGAGUUGGCUUCUUGUUGCCGCUCUCCUGGCUUUUACGCAGGCCUCACCGCCAAUGUGUCACUGCCCGAAUGGACAAGUUGGAAUGCAAUGCCCUUCACCAAUCAAUUUCAACUGCCCACCACAGGCCCCAUGCCCUCCCCAGCAAGGAUGUAACAUGUUCGGAGGUCUACCAACACUCCCUACACUUGCUCCACAACAAUUCCAAACUCUCGCACCAUUCACACUUGCACCUCUGCCAGGAUCUCCACCUGGAAUGGCUGGUCCUCCACUUCUCCCACCUGCAGUCGCUCCCCCAACCAACGGACAAGAAACACUUGUCGGAAUCAACAAUCCAGUCCAACCUCCACCACCUGUUCAGUAUCAGAAUCAGGGACCUCAAUAUAUUGAAGCUCCCCCACCUCCACCUUCUCCACCACCGCCGCCACCACCACCACCGCCACAACUGCAACAGCAACAGGUUCAACUUCCACUCCAAGAUGCAACAACUCUUCGGCCAUCCACUCUUCCAAGUGAAACAUAUGUUGAGCUUGAAAAUCCAGAAGCCGUUGUCAAUGAGCCACAACCGAUUCAAGCACAAACAGAAGAGCCAGCAACUACUCAAAAAGCCACAGAUGCACCACCACCACCAAUCCUUCAAAACAAGAUUGAGCGAGUAUUUGAGUCUGAACCGAAUAGUGGUUACCGUAAACCGGUUCGUCGACAGGCUCCUCCACUCAGUGAGAAAUGCAAUGAUGAUCGUCUUCGUAAAAUUAUUGAACAAAACGUUGAUGACAAUCCAUCGACUUCGAAGAGAAAGAUCCAGAAAGCAGCUGCUGAAGAGAUCGGAGGACUGUUCGAUGUCAUCUGCUCUGCCCAUGAUUUCUCCUAUCUGGCUAACACCCAAUUGUUCUGUGAAUCUGGAAAUGACGAUGUCACCUGCUUCGCUUUCCUCCAUUCACUUAUUCAAUAAUGUUUUAUUUGUUGCUUCAAUUAAUUUAUGUAUUUUCAAUUAUUUUCAAUUAUUUUCAAUAUUAUUUUCAAUAUUAUUUCCGUGCAAUAAAUCACAUCGUUAUGA